CCUCUCCCCGCCCCUCCCGCCGUGUCCCGGAAGCGGAAGCGGGCCGGCUGCCCUCCUGCCGCCAUCUUGCGGCGGCAGAGGCGGGGGGCGGGGGCGGAAGGCAGGGCCCGGCGCGGCCGCCGACUCUGAGGUGACAGGAGGGUGGUGCUGCAGUACAUAUCUCAAUGCUUAGAUGUUAGAACUCAGCUCCUGCCUUACCAAGCAACCAUGUCAGAAGGGGACAGUAUUGGUGAGUCUGUUCAUGGAAAGCCUUCUGUGGUCUAUAGAUUUUUCACAAGACUUGGACAGAUCUACCAAUCGUGGUUAGACAAGUCUACUCCAUAUACUGCAGUGCGAUGGAUUGUAACUUUGGGUCUGAGUUUUAUCUACAUGAUUAGAGUUUAUUUACUACAGGGUUGGUACAUUGUGACAUAUGCCUUGGGAAUCUACCAUCUAAAUCUCUUCAUAGCUUUCUUGUCGCCAAAGGUAGACCCAUCUUUAAUGGAAGAUUCAGAUGAUGGUCCUUCCUUACCUACAAGGCAAAAUGAAGAAUUUCGGCCUUUCAUUAGAAGGCUCCCAGAGUUUAAAUUCUGGCACUCUGCCACUAAAGGCAUCCUGGUUGCUAUGGCAUGUACGUUCUUUGAGGCUUUCAACGUUCCAGUUUUUUGGCCAAUCCUUGUGAUGUACUUCAUUAUGCUGUUUUGUAUCACUAUGAAGAGGCAAAUCAAGCAUAUGAUAAAGUACAGAUAUAUACCCUUCACACAUGGCAAGAGGAAAUACAAAGGGAAAGAAGAUGUGGGAAAGACCUUUGCUAGCUAGAAGAUGCAAUCAACCUGUUGACCAAUUCUACUUAUAACUAAAGGAACGAUUUUGAGCCAUUGUAACAAUGCCUUUUUUCUUCAUAAAAUGAUUGAGUGGUGACAAAGCAGUUGAAGUUUCAUUUUAAGAGGAUCUUGCUAUUUUUAUCUGAAAUAUCAGUUUCUUGAAGAAACUGGCAUUCUAACCAAAUUGCAUUGAGUUUGUCUUUUGUAAGAAGUUGGAGAAACUUUGGAUAAUCCCAUGGAUUUGGGAUGACGGAUUUCUUUCAGGAUCCAUUGCACUGGAGAUUAAUGGCUUUGAGUUGGAUAUUUUUACGUAGUUUUCCUCACUGUCACCCUGAAGUGCUGUGCACGUAUGUGGAGGAAGAAAAAGUCAGGUGGCACGCACACAUGAUGCUGUUUUCUGCUUCAUGGCCAUGUGCUAUUUUCAUACAAAAAUUCAAUAGACCUAAGUAGAUGCAGAAUUUAAGCCAGUUUGCUAAAUGCAUGGUAUUACUGAGUCAUAAAUAUAAAUAGGAGUAAGAAAUCUACAAAAUCAUGGGUUUUUCAGUAGGGGAAAAAAAAUGUAUAGCUUCUAAAGUAACUCAUUUCUGUUAGGUUUUAAUGCCAGUUUCACCAUUGCAUCUCCUAGCAGAUGCUAAAAUUGGGCUCUUUCAUGAUGACUCAAAACUUUGUUCAAGAUCUAUGACCGUUUCCUUUGAGGACCUGGAGUUAUAAAUAUAUAUAUAUAUAUCUUAAUUGUUAUUAGUUGAAAUUUCUUUCAUACCCAACGGUUGCUUGAUUAGCAUAAGCUGACUUCAUGCAGCCCCUUCAGAAUAUACCCAAACUGGCCGUAGGAGACAACUUUAUGGGUUUUAACAAAGGUUUUCAUUUUCUAUGGGGAAAAAAAUCAGAGAUAAAUGACCUGCAUGUAAACUUUUUCAUGUGAUACAAUUGCAGUUUUAUUAAGUGACUUUUUAAUUCCAAAAUUUAUUAAAAGACAGUGUCCCCCUUUGCUUGUUCUCUAUUAUCUUUAUAUAUUUAUAUGUAUAGAUAGAUGACAGUAUUUAUGGAUUCUUUUCAAUAGUGGUUACCCUCAGCAUUUAUCUUCAUGUGAUGCCUAUUACAGCUUUUCAGGGAAUAUUCGCUGGCAGAAAGUAGAAAAAGAUUAGCGCUGAAUAUUCUGAAUGGAGAAUAGUCACAAUUUCAAUAGAUGCCUAAUUGGCAAAUGUAUGUAAGGAACCCUUUUAUCUGAUUUUGUCAAAUGAAGUCAUUAUGGAGUUGUGGAAUUCAGUCUUUGGUAAACCUGGAAAAGUUAAAGGUAGUUUAAGUUGA